AGCGUGUGAUACUCCGCAACCUGUGUCUCCCUAAUGUAAUACUAAUUCAUAAAUCACAGGCUAGGUCGAACAUUGACAGACUAGCUGAAGCUGCGGGUUCCACCUAAACCACUUUCCAUCAUGUCUGAAUCAGUUCUAACGCACGCUCGUUAUGGCAAAGACCUCAUUCGCGUCUUUCGCGUAGUCCGGGAUGGCGAGUUUCACCAGGUCGUGGAAUACAAUGUGACGAUACUCAUCGAGGGUGAUCUCGAGACCAGGUCAGUGACGCACAAGUCUGUCAUGUCUUCCGCCGUUUCUGAUAGUCGGGGGUGCAAUCUUGCCAAGACUUCACCCCACAUCCUCAGCCCGGAACGGUUUGCAUUGCAUCUGGGAACUCAUAUCGUUUCCAAGUAUGCCCACAUAAACCAUGCGCUCGUCACAUUGGAGAAGUUGCGCUGGUCCCGUAUCGCCUUGAGUGCAAAUGACCACCCGCACCCCCAUUCGUUUGUUCGGGACGGGAACGACAAACAGACGGUCGAGGUCGAGGUCGAUGCCUCAGCUGGCAAGGACAAGCUCUCAGCUAAAGUAACUUCGGGAAUUACCGAUCUCCUAGUGCUCAAGUCGGGUGGCUCUGCAUUUCACGGAUAUAUUCGUGAUGAGUACACUACGCUGAUGGAAGUGGAUGACCGUAUUCUGUCAACCUCCGUGGACCUAGCUUAUACCUUCGCGCCCUUAUCGCUCAGCUCACCUAGUGAUGUAAAGAAGCUCGAUUUCAUUGUCCAAGAAGGUUUCGCACCCGGUAGCGUUUGGGAUGCGGAUAAUGUUGCGAUACGGGCGAGGAAUGCAACGCUCGAUAUCUUUGCCCUCGAUGCCAGCGCUAGUGUGCAAGCAACGUUGUUUAAGAUGGGGCAACGCGUCAUCGCGGAAAACGCGGGCGUUGACUCCGUCACGUACAAGCUGCCAAACAAGCACUAUAUCCCAAUUGAUAUGAAGUAUAUCGGGUAUCAUUCAGUUUUUUUCCUUUCAACCCCCGUUGCUGGACUGAUCUCCGCCACGAUCUCCCGUAAAUAGAUAUUCCGCAAAUAGGUGUCAUCAAAUGGCGUCACACGCUAAAUUGCCAGCUAUUGUCUUGACGACGGCACGGCAAUUGUGUUGGUUUAUUUUUUUGUUUUAUUUUAUUGGUUAAACAAUGGAGAGGAUUUGGAGAGAGGAUUCAGAGAUAUGUGGAAGACGGUAUAGGAUGAACAGAAUAGUGAUGACAGUUAGGGGAGAUAGGAUCGAUGGCAAAUACGUAAAUGAGAUUUGAUAUUGAGUAAGCAGUGCAAGUCGAUAAGGUAUGUAUGACAUCAUAAACGGCGUCCGCCGAAGCUAUAGAUCCAGGUGUUUCGGUCAGGAUAAAUAUGUGUACAACGAUUGUGU